AUGAUGAUGGACGCUACUUUCUCAGCUGUUUAUAAUAGCUUCAGAGCAGUUCUAGAUGUGGCAAACCACUUCUCCCGGCUAAAGGUCCACUUUACUAAGGUGUUUUCUGCUUUUGCACUUGUCCGAACAAUCCGGUUCCUGUACCGACGUUUGCAGAGACUUCUAGGUCUUCGAAGAGGUUCAGAGAAUGAGGAUUUGUGGACUGAGAGUGCAGGGACUGUGGCUCGAGUUGGCUCCGAGAAUGAUGCCACCAACUCCGCCAAAUCGUGGCCUAUUUUCUUAUUUUUUGCUGUCAUCCUUGGUGGCCCCUACCUCAUCUGGAAGCUGUUGUCUUCUGGCAAUGCACAAAGUAAUGAAGACAUAAACUGGGCAAAUGGGGAAGGUGACCAUGUUGUGGGAAGAGCAGACUAUGACUUCACAGCUACUUCAGAUGAGGAGAUUUCUUUCCAUGCUGGUGACAUGCUAAACCUGGCACCCAAAGAACAACAACCUAACAUAAGAGGCUGGCUGCUUGGAAGCUUGGAUGGGCAAACUACAGGAUUCAUUCCUGCCAACUACAUCAAAAUCCUUGGCAAAAGAAGAGGACGCAAAGCUGGAGAGGCUGAGAAACGACAGGAACAGCAAGAGUUCCCCAACAACCCAUCCCUGAGCACAGCCUCAUCUGUAGCCACCCUGGAAGAUCAGGAAGCUGCCCUUGAGUCGGUUUUCGUGGAAACAAGUAGCACAGGGCAUGGUGUCGAAACAAGUACAAGCCAUAGGGACACAUUUGAUUUAUAA